UCUUUUACUCCUUUAAGCGUCAAUUGUUCUCUUUAGCCACAAAGUUUAAGCAAUGGCAGAUAAAAGCAAGAUUCUACUCAUUGGAGGCACAGGAUACAUAGGAAAAUUCAUUGUAGAAGCAAGUAUCAAGGAAGGCCACCCAACUUUUGUUCUUGUCAGAGAGUCCACUCUCUCUCUCUCUAGCCCUGCAAAAUCCAUUGUCAUUAACAACUUCAAUAAUCUUGGUGUCAAUUUCCUAAUUGGAGACUUGUUGGAUCAUGAGAGUUUGGUGAAGGCAAUAAAGCAAGUGGAUGUUGUGAUAUCUUCCAUUGCUCAUGAUCAGGUAGAUAAUCAAGUCAACAUCAUUGCUGCCAUUAAAGAAUCUGGAAAUAUCAAGGUAGGUAGUUAAAUUUGUUUGAGUGGAUGAAUUGGCAUGUUUUCACUCUGGCCUCAUACCGGACCCAGGUUUUAUGUCCUUGUAAUUCCAAAAGAAAUGAAAAGAAAAUUGCUUGGUAUAUUCAAAUUUAUUUAUUCUUGAAUGAAUCAGGGUAGCUAAUGAGAAUUGUUUUU